AUGAACGCUUUGACAAUAGUCGUGACUGUACUGUCCGCAACAGUGACCAUCUCAGCCAUCGAGGUCACGCCGAUCUCGUACGGCUCGUACAAAAACCCGUCGACAUGUCGCACCGCGGAACCGUUCGGUGCGACGGCACUCGACCGUACGGACUCCGACGGCGAAGGUUGCACCUGCAGUGGAUCGUGGCAGCCGCAGUGCUGCUGUCCGCGUCCGCGUCCUCACAGCCAGCUGCCGACGUGCACGCGAACCUGCACUUGCCGCCCGUCUUGUCCGUCCGGCGGGCCACGGCCGUCGGUUAGCGGCCCGUCGCCGACCGACUUGGCCGGGUUCGUGUCGCCCCCGCAACGACCACUGCUGCUGCCGAAGCUGAUACCCGUCAUGUUGAAACCGCUGUCGUUCGACGUCCACCGGCCUUCGGUUCCGUCGUACGGCCUCGGAUCGGGAUACGGCGGCCCAGCACCGUCGCUACCGUCGCAGUGCGGCUGCGGUUGUCCGCCGUCGUCGCCGUACGAAGAAUUUUAUAAAUUUAAUGAUAAAUAA